GAGGACUGGACAUGGCCUGGCAGGGAGCACGGAGGUGAUGGCAGCCCAGGAGCUGGUGGCCUGCCUCUGCCGGGAGGGGGACCAGCACCUGGCCCUGGGGGAGCCCCCGCUGGCCACCGCCUUCUACCUGGCCGCCUUCAGCUGCCACGCCCCCUCCGCGGUGAGGCACGUCCGGGCGGCCCUGGCCGAGGCCCGGGGCGCCCCCGUGCUGGCCACGCUGGAGGCCUGGUGCCGGGGAGAGAGCCAGAUCCCCGCCAUCCACUGGGACGGCAUGGCCGUGGUGUCGCUGACCGGCACGCUGGCCUGCGCCUUCCUGGCCACGCUGUGCCCGGACCACCCGGCCGCGGUGCUGCACGCGCUGGCCGGCCUGCUGGCCCGCGGGCGCCACGGCGAGGUGGUGCGGCGCUGCGGCACCCUGCUGGCCGCCCACUCCCGGCAGGGGCUGGCGCUGCGGCUGACCCGCGCCCUGGCCCGCAUCCUGUCGGGGGCGCAGGUGGACGCCGGCCUGGCCGACUACCUGCAGGCCUUCGCCGCCGCGGCCGACCGCACUGUGGCCUUCGUCCUCACCCACCAGCGGCCCUACCUGCCCGUGCUGGUCAGCGCCCUCCAGGCCCACCUCGCAGGGCGGGAGCAGGCCAGGGGCGGCGGCGGCCAGCAGGAGGGCACGGACACCGGCCAGCAGGAGGCCGACGGCUGGAGGCUCCUGGCCGCCCUGGACCCCGGGGGCACCUGGAGCGACGCCCUCUCCCCCGACGCUCUGCUCCGCGGCGGCCGCUACGAGGACUGCCGUGCCGCCUGCAGCCGGGCCCUGGAGGCCGACCCCGCCGGCAGCAGCUCCCGAGGUGAGCGCCUGGCCGCCCUGCUGGUCACCCGCGCGGCCGCCGCCUUCUUCCUGGACCGCGGCGCCCCGGACCUGCUCCGCGACCUGCACGCCGCCUUCGCGGAGAGCCCGGCGGCCGCGCGCCGGCAGCUGGCGGCCGUGCUGGCGGCGGCGGACCGGGCGCGGGUGCUGGCGCUGCUGCGCGAGGCGGCGGACGCGGGGCUCGCGCUCUUCCGGGAGGCCGUGCGCGGCCGCGCCGAGCUCCGCCGCGACUCGGGCCGCGAGCUGCUGGCCCCGGCGGCGCGCGCGCUGCGGGUGCUGGUGCGGGUGGCGCCGCCCGGGGCGCGCCCGGCGCUGGGGGCGCGGCUGGCCGAGUGCCUGCUGCUGGCGGGGGACGCGGGCGGCGCGCGGGCGCUGUGCGAGCGGCUGCUCCGGCCCCGGCCGGGGGACGGUGCCGGGGACCGCGGCGGGGACCGUUGGGGGGACGGCGCCGGGGACCGCGCGCCGCUGCUGGCGCUCCGCGGCUUCUGCGCGCUGCACGCGGGGGACGCGGCGGGCGCGCGGGCGGACUUCCAGGCGGCGGUGGCGGGGGGCCCCCCGCACCCCCGCGGCUGCGUGCGCGCCCUGUGCGGCCGCGGGCUGCUGCGCGUGCUGGCGGGCAGCGCCUACCUGGGCGCCCGGGACUACGUCACCGCCUGCCGGCUGUGCCCCGAGGAGGCCCUGCUGGUGGCCAAGGCCUUCGUGCCCUGGAACCUGCGGGGGCUGCUGCGGACCGUGCUGCGCGAGGAGGCCCGCGGCAUGCUCCGGCGGAGGCCCGGCCCGGCGCCCGCGGCGCCCCCUGCGCCCACAGGACCCACGGCACCCACCGCACCCACGGGCGCGCGGGGCCGCCGGAGCCAGGCCGCGGAGACCGAGGGCGCCGAUGAGCAGGAGGAGCCGGACAGAGACGCCGAGGGCGUGUACCAGCUGGCCACGCUGCUGAUGGAGCUGGACGCGGAGGACGAGGUGUCCCGCCUGCUGGCGGCCGACGCCCUGUACCGCCUGGGCCGCCUGGACGACGCCCACAAGGCGCUGCUGGUGGCGCUGUCCCGCCGGCCCCAGGCGGCGCCCGUGCUGGCGCGGCUGGCGCUGCUGCAGCUGCGGAGGGGCUUCUGCUACGACGCCAACCAGCUGGUGAAGAAGGUGGUGCAGUCUGGGGACACGGCCUGCCUGCAGCCCACGCUGGACGUGUUCCGCCCGGAGGACCGGCAGCUGCUGCAGAGCCACUGCCACGCGCGGGCACUGGCCCUCCUGCGGACGCAGCCGGGCGACGCGGAGGGCGAGGCCCGCACCAGGGAGGCCGUCGCCUACCUCUCUCUGGCCAUCUUCGCUGCAGGGGGCCAGGCCGGCGAGUCGCUGCUCACCCGCGCCCGCUGCUACGCGCUCCUGGGCCAGAGGAAGACCGCCCUGUUCGACUUCAACGCCGUGCUGCGGGCGGAGCCGGGGCACGUGCGGGCGCUGUGCGGGCGGGCGCUCCUGCACCUGGCCCUGGGCCAGCAGCAGGAGGCCGUGGCCGACGUGCUCUCCGCGCUGAGGCUGGACCCAAGCUCGGCGGUUGCUGAGCUCCGCUCCCUGAAGCCGGAGGCCCAGGCCCUCAUCGCGCAGGGCCUGUCCUCCCACUGCCGGGGCCUCCUGAGCCGGCGGCCGGGCCCUGGGGCCCCACUCAGCGACAGUGACGUCCAGGGCCUCCUGGCCGCGGGGGAGGCGCUGGUGGAGAUGGAGGCGGGGCAGGCGCGAGGGCACCUCCUCCUGGCGGACGUGCUCGUGGCCCUGGGCAGCUAUGAGGAGGCGGGCGCCCGCCUCCAGGACGCCCUGCGCCCCUCCCCACCCUCGGAGGCGGCCCGGGCCCGGCUUGGCCUGCUCAGCCUCAAGAAGGGAGACAUGCCGGCCGCUGCCCGGGACCUGCAGUGCCUGGCGGAGACGGACGCCGGGGACCUGGGCUUCCUGCUGAGUCUCCUGGAGGCCUCAGAGCGGCAGGGCCUGGCCCAGGCUGCAGCCCAGGAAGCCAGCGCCCUCCUGACCGCGGGGCAGCCUGGGCAGGCGCUGGGCUACUGCUCGCUGGCCGUGCUGGCCGGCGGGGGCAGGGCCGGCCACCUGCGCCUGCGGGCUGCCGCCCUGGCGGAGCUGCAGGAGUGCAGCCGGGCCCUGGCCGACCUGGACCUGGUGCUCCGCGAGGGCGCGGGGGACGGUGGCCCGCUGCAAGCGGAGGACCUGUGCUCCCGGGGCCGCCUGCUCCUGAGCCUGGGGGACGAGGCGGGGGCCGCCGGGGCCUUCGCCCAGGCCCUGGCGCUGGCACCCGCCCCGGCCCAGAGCAGCCUGUGGGCGCGGCCCGGCCGGGCCCCUGCCGCCCGGGUGCUGCUGGGCCUCGGGCAGCGCUGCCUGGAGGAGCGGCGGUACGAGGAGGCCUGGGCGGCGGCCGAGGGCGGGCUCCUGCUGGACCCCGAGCACUGCGGCCUGCGGAGGCUGAAGGCGCGGCUCCGGAGGGAGGCGGCCUCGGGCUGCCGGCUCCACUGACCCCCUGGGCCGGCCGGUCCCGGGGCCGCCCUGCCAUUUCCCCAAACCGGGCGGUGCGGACCCCACCCUCCCGGCUCGGGGUGGGUGUUCGGCAGAGAGAAGGGCGUUACGCCGGCCUGAAGCCCAGAGCCCUUCCUCCAAGGGCCUGGCGUGGGGCCAGCAGGCUGGACACGAAGGCCAGCCCUGGGGCUGCGGAGCCGGUGCAGCCCCUCCCGCCGCACGAGGCGGCCUUUGACCCUGGCCUCACCGAAGACAACGCUCCCCAGCCGGGGCCUGCCGCUGAGGCCCAUCCUCCAAGUCACUCUCUGGGCAGCCCCGUGCCCACACCCACCACCGGCCACGGCGACGAUGCGGCCCCUCCCCGCUGCCCAGCAGAGAGCCGCCCGGAGGGGCAGAGAGGCUGGCUGCUUGCCGACCGGCCCGGCUGGGGCUGUAACGGAGCGUCCUCUGUUUGC